CAGAGAACUUACGCCAGUUUUAGUUUCGCUAUGUAUUUAUUACGAAGAUCAACAAACUUUUAAUAAUGUGGGUGGAUGUCAGCGGACGUGAAAAGCAAAGCUACUUGACGCAAACUAACGGCUCUUUCAUACCCGGGUACACUGGCCACUGUCCCUUGCUCAAGUUUCGAUAUGGCAAAUGCUAUGGGGAUAACACUAGGCAAAUUCUUCGAGAAAUACGAUCAAAGGGUCUCUUCAAUAAGCCAUUGGAAUAUCGUCCAAGGGACAACUACGAAUUGGAAAAUAUGCCAAGACUCGACGCAAAACGCGACGUCUACGACGGUUUAAAGCAUCGUCAGCCGACAUACUUGACUGGAUAUACGGGAUACGUCCCUGGGAUGAACUUUGCGUACGGUAAGUCUUACGGCCGCACGGCAGAUGAUUGCAUGGCAGACUUUUCGCGAAAUCAACGUCAAUUGAAACGGAAGGCAGAUUUGAAUAAAAGUUAUGUGCGAUCUCGAAGCGCACCUAAAAUGGAAACUAUUCACUCAAGAGACGAGAUCAGAAGAGAUCUCAACAGAUUUACCGAGAUCAAUAAGUAUAAGGAAAAUACAAUAUCACCGGAGUUUCCACCCAUCGCUGGCUACACAGGUCAUAUACCACGCAUCAAGGGAUCAGAGGCAUCCCUAAGCCAACGAUAUCAUUGUGCCGCAAAACGCGGAUUGGAACUCAUACAAAUUGAACGAGAAAAUCGAAAAGAACUUCAAAACGCCGACGCAAAUAUCCGGGCCAUUAUAAAACCUAACGACAAGAAAUACUCUUAUUGGAAUUGGGGAUAGCAUACGGGUAGAAGAAUGUUCUUUACUAAAUAUAGGUGAACAUUCUUCUUAACAUCUUCAAAACGAGAAUCUACGCGUCAGUAUUAAUCGAUUGUGUGAUGAAAGAUUAAACCCAAGAAGAAAUUGAUGAAAAUUUGUCAAUUACGGGUGUGGGUGUCUGUUUUUUGGAGGUUAUUUCGGGAUCCAAAUAAUAACGUAUGCAAAAUACAGAUACUAGCAAACUGCUUGAGCAUUAAACAAGGUAGUGGGGGAAAGUUUGCAGGGCGGGAUACAACUGUCAACUGAUUUACCAAUCACGCGAUCGAUACGUCACUAACUCACUAUCCCGCCGCCGCCCCCCCAUUGAUGACAUUUGUUCAAGAUGUUUGCCGGUAUCUAUGCCCAAUUUCAUUAAAAAAAUACCAUUAUACAUAAUAUUAUUAAUAGGUAACAUAAUAUCAUAUUUACCAGUAUUACUUUUGAC